UUAUGAUGAUAAAAAUAACAAAAAUUUAAAGAAAAUUGAUGAACAAUCAAUUGAACAACCGCCAAUAUUGUCAGAAAAAUCGGAAAAUUUUUUUCUAAAUCGUUUAUUUAAUUCAAUAACAAAUUCAUUUGUUAUGACAAAUAUGAAUAAACAUUUGAAUAAUAUACAGAAUUUUAUGGAUAAAAAAAUGGCAUCAACAACAACAACGACGACGACAACAACAACGAUGACAACAAUGACAACAACAACAAAAGAAAUCAUAACAACAUCAGCUACCAAAAUGACAGAUCAACAGAAUAUUAAUGAUUCGAAUCAACAAAUGAAUGUUGAUGAUUCUGAUGAUCAUCAACAACAACAUGAACGUCAUAUACCAUAUCAUAUGUUGGAUAAUAUUAAUGAUAUAAUGAUGAAUAAUCAAACGAAUAAUAGUAAUCAUAAUCAUCAUCAUCAUCAUUGUUGUAAUAAAUAUCAUCAAAUUGAUUCAUCAUCAUCAACAAUAUCCGAACAAUAUUGUCCAUUUAUAAUAAUACGUGAAUCACCAUCAAAUGCAACAACAAUUUCUACAAAUAGUUUAUUAACACAAGCAAGUAAUUAUACAACAACACAAUCACCAUAUCAAUCAAGUGCUGAAUUUGAUUUAAAUUCUGAUUAUAGUGGUGGUGGUGAUGGUAGUAGUAGUGGUUGUAUAAUUGGUGGUGAUUCUAGCCAUUUACAUAAACAACAUCGUGCUUCAACCGGAACAUUAUUAGUUGCCCGGCCAACCGCAUCAUCAUCAACAACAAUAACAACAGCCAAAUCAAAGCAACAACAAUUAUUUCAAACAAAAAUAUCAUCAUCACGUAAUAGUGUUGGUAGUAAUCAACCAACAAUAAAUAAAAAUCUUUAUCAUUCUCGUCAUCGUCAUUCAUCUUCAGCUGUCAUUGUUAAUCAUCAUUUUAAUUCAACUUCUGUAUCUGGACAGAUUUCAUCAUCAAAUUCAAUUUAUGGCAGUAGUAUUAUUGGUGCCAAUAAUAGUAGUAUAGGUUUACCAACAUCAACAACAAUAACACGUAAACAUCGUUCAUCAUAUCCAUCAUAUAGUAUACGUAAUUCUAUAUCAGGUAUACCUUUACGUAUCGGUCCAAGACUUUAUUCGGGUCGAUCAUCACAAAGGUUCGCUUUAUUGAUUUUUGAUGUGGAUGAAAGUGGCCAAACAAAUGCCGGAAAUGUUAAUGCUUCAGGACUUGCAUUACAAAAUCUACCUGUACGACGUGAAUCAUUUUUAUAUCGUUCUGAUUCUGAAUAUGAAAUAUCACCUAAAUCAGCAUCAAGACAUUCAUCGAUCGGUAGUGGUGAAUCUCAUGCUGAAGAUCUUAUUGUUACUCCUUUUGCACAAAUACUUGCGAGCUUACGUAAUGUUCGUAAUAAUUAUAUUCUUAUUACAAAUGCUCGAUAUCCAACCAAUCGUCCACGUGAAGGUGGACGUAGACCUAGUUAUACACAAUUGAUUCAACAACAACAACAACAACAACAACAAGUAAAUCAAAAUCAAACAGCAGCACAAAAACCAUUAUCUGAAGAUACAAUGUCUAGAUUAGCUGUUGAAACACUUGAAGAGCUUGAUUGGUGUAUGGAUCAAUUAGAAACAAUUCAAUCACAUAGAUCUGUUGGUGAUAUGGCUACAAGUAAAUUUAGACGAAUGUUAAAUAAAGAAUUAAGUCAUUUUUCUGAAACAAAAUCUGGUAGUCAAAUAUCGGAAUAUAUUUUUCGUACAUUUUUGGAUAAACAAGAAGAAUUGGAUCUUCCUAUUUUACAAUUGGAAGAAACUUCCAAACAAGGAUCAAUGGCCAUUUCAUCCGGAUCUUCCAGUAAUACAACAGCAGUUGCAUCACCUGCUGAUAUAACAACAACUGAUUUAACAACAAAAAUAACUACUACAUCAACUAUACCAUCUGCCAACAUACAACCAUUAUCGGGUAAAAAUUCUCCAGCACGUGCCAUGUCUCAUAUAUCUGGUGUUCGUCAAACAACAUUAUCACAUGCAAAUAGUUUAACAAAAAUGCCAAGGUUUGGUAUUGAAGCAUCAAAUGAAGAAGAAUUGGCCAAAAUAUUUUCCGAUAUGGAUAGAUGGGGUAUAGAUUUAUUUAAAGUAUCCGAAUAUUCUAAUCGUCAUCCAUUGACUUCGGUCAUGUAUACUAUUUUCAAAUCACGUGAUUUAAUGAAAACGUUCCAAAUACCUUCACAAACAUUUAUACGAUUAAUGUUAACAUUGGAAGAUCAUUAUCAUAUUGAUGUACCAUAUCAUAAUAGCAUUCAUGCAGCUGAUGUUGCUCAAUCUGUACAUGUGUUAUUAUUAUCACCAGCUCUUGAUUCGGUAUUUACUGACCUUGAAAUUCUAACAGCUUUAUUUGCUGCCGCAAUACAUGAUGUUGAUCAUCCUGGUGUUACGAAUCAAUUUCUAAUAAAUUCAAGCUCUGAAUUAGCUCUAAUGUAUAAUGAUGAAUCUGUAUUGGAAGCACAUUCAUUAGCUGUAGCAUUUAAAGUUUUACAAGAUCCUGAUUGUGACAUAUUUAUUAAUUUAAGUAAAAAACAACGACAAACAUUACGACGUAUGACUAUUGAUAUGGUAUUGGCAACUGAUAUGAGUAAACAUAUGAGUUUAUUAGCUGAUCUUAAAACAAUGGUUGAAACGAAAAAAGUUGCCGGCAGUGGUGUAUUAUUUCUUGAUAAUUAUACUGAAAGAAUUCAAGUUUUACAAAAUAUGUUACAUUGUGCCGAUUUAUCAAAUCCAACCAAAAAACUUGAAUUAUACCAAAAAUGGUGUUCAUUAUUAAUGGAAGAAUUUUUUCAACAAGGUGAUAAAGAACUUGCUAUGGGUUUAGAAAUUUCUCCAAUGUGUGAUCGUACUAAUGCUACAAUUGAAAAAUCACAAGUCGGUUUUAUUGAUUAUAUUGUUCAUCCAUUAUGGGAAACAUGGGCCGAUCUUGUACAUCCAGAUGCUCAAGAUAUAUUAGAUACAUUAGAAGAAAAUCGUGAUUGGUAUCAAAGUAUGAUACCUGCAAGUCCAAAUGAAGAUAAUAAUAAUAAUAGAGAAAAUGAUGAACAUAGUCGUCGUUCAUCAUUAGCUGCUGUUGCUGAAAAGAUAAAAUUUCAGGUUACAAUUGAAGAACCUGAAGAUGAAGAUGUUACUGGUGAUAAUAAUAAUAAUGAUGAUAAUGAUAAUAAUGAUAUGAAUUAAUUUUUUUUGGCAAAACAAACAUCAUUGAAAAGUAGUAUUUGGACAGUCAGAAAAAAAAGGAUUGUUUGAAGUCGAUCACUUUGAUAAAAUGAUCAUCUUUCCCCUUUACAUUCAGGAAAAACAAAAACUGAAAAAGAAGCGAUGGAUCUGACUUAUUUUGCCUGCUCUAUCUGUUUCGACAAAAACGAUCGUCUUAUGUUGACACAUUCAUCAAUCAACGAAAAACAAACUGAAAAAAAAUCUGCAGAUUUUUCUUUUUUGUACUGCAUAAAAUCAUCAUGAAAAACUUACAAAACUUUUAAA